ACAGUACUAUCAAACAAGAUGAGAUUACCAGUACCUACUGUGCAUAAAUAAGCCAGUUUUCACUCUGACUUGACAACUGUAGCUGCUGCAUAGGUUGACGAAUAUUUUGACUACAAAACCCAUAAAAUAAGAUUACAUUUUGAAAUGGCGAAUCCCAAUCAAGAAAUCAAAUACACAAAGCUGUUUAUCGACAACAACUUUGUUGAUUCAAAGUCUGGCAAAACUUUUGCAACCAUCAAUCCAGCUAACAAGAAAGUUUUAGCCAACAUCGCUGAAGGUGAUAAGGCCGAUGUCGAUGCAGCAGUAGAUGCAGCUGAGAGAGCAUUUAAAAGAGGUUCGGUCUGGCGUAAUUUAGAUGCAUCCGGACGUGGAAAACUUAUUUACAAGUUAGCUGAUCUCUUGGAACGUGAUAUGUUAAUUGUUGCUAAUCUGGAAGCUCUCGACAAUGGAAAAACUUUCAAAAGCGCUUGUGGUGAUGUUUUCCAUUCGGUUGGCUGUCUUAGAUAUUAUGCUGGAUACGCAGAUAAAAUUACCGGCAAGACCAUACCAGCUGAUUAUGGGUUCUUCGCGAUGACACGGCGUGAACCGAUUGGUGUUGUGGGUCAAAUUAUUCCAUGGAACUUUCCAUUGAUGAUGUUGAUUUGGAAGUGGGGACCGGCUCUAGCUGCUGGAUGUACGAUUGUAUUGAAACCUGCCGAACAAACUCCAUUGACCGCACUAUAUAUCGCUGCGUUGUCGAAGGAAGCUGGUUUCCCUGAUGGCGUUAUAAAUGUUAUUCCAGGGUACGGUCCAACUGCAGGCCACGCAAUAUCAGCUCAUCCCAGAAUUAGGAAAGUGGCAUUCACCGGUUCAGUUGAGGUUGGACGGAUCAUUAUGGAAACAGCGGCAAAAUCAAACUUAAAAAAAGUCUCCCUUGAAUUGGGUGGCAAGAGUCCAUUGGUCGUAAUGGAUGAUGUUGAUGUUAAGCAGGCUGCAUCGAUCGCACAUGAGGCUAUUUUCGCAAAUCACGGCCAAAGCUGCAUAGCUGCAAGUCGUACUUUUGUUCAUGAGAAGAUCUAUGACCAAUUUGUUGAAUGCGCAAGGGAGUUAGCCAAAAACCGGAAGGUCGGUAACCAGUACGAAGACGUCGUACAGGGACCACAAGUUGACGAAGAAAUGUACACAAAGGUGUUGAAGUAUAUCGACUCGGGAAAGAAGGAAGGAGCAAAGGUGGAAGUUGGAGGAAGCUGUAUUGGUAACAGCGGAUUCUUCAUUCAACCCACAGUUUUCUCGGAUGUGACCGAUGACAUGACAAUUUCCAAGGAAGAAAUUUUCGGCCCAGUUCAAUCAAUAUUAAAAUUCAAAACAUUGGACGAGGUGAUUGACCGAGCUAAUCGAACCAAUUACGGACUGGCAGCUGGAAUAAUAACGAACAACAUUGACGCUGCUUUCACUUAUGCGAAAGCAAUCGAAGCAGGUUCGGUGUGGGUUAACUGUUAUGCGGCUGUUGUGCCACAGGUACCAUUCGGUGGUUACAAAGAAUCUGGUUCCGGUCGAGAAUUAGGUGAGAAUGGUAUUGAACUGUACUUGGAAACGAAGUCCAUUUCCAUCAGAUUGCCAUAAAUUACGAAAGACCUUCACAAUUGAAACGGAUGAAGAAUGAUACUUUUUGAGUAAUAAACAAUCAAUGAAAAAAAUAUUGA